CGUGCGCUCGACCAGGCGGCGGUGGCGCGGGUGGUGGCUGCUGUGGUGGCUGUGGGGACGGAGGCAGUGAAGUGCCAUCUUCGGCUAGGUCGUCACAGGCUUCGGCUCAUGGCAUCGAGUAGCAUCUAUUAUAAGAUCAUUUACUGAAGACAAUAUGCAAAAUUCUCACAUGGAUGAAUACAGAAAUUCUAGUAAUGGCAGCACAGGCAAUAGUUCAGAGGUAGUGGUAGAACAUCCUACUGAUUUCAGUACUGAGAUUAUGAAUGUUACAGAAAUGGAACAGUCACCUGAUGACUCUCCCAAUGUGAAUGCAUCUACAGAAGAAAGUGAAAUGGCAAGUGCUGUGGACCUUCCAGUAACGCUGACAGAAACAGAAGCAAAUUUCCCUCCAGAAUAUGAAAAAUUUUGGAAAACUGUGGAAAAUAAUCCUCAGGAUUUUACAGGCUGGGUAUAUUUGCUUCAAUAUGUAGAACAGGAGAAUCACUUGAUGGCUGCCAGGAAAGCAUUUGACAGAUUUUUCAUACACUAUCCAUAUUGCUAUGGUUACUGGAAAAAGUAUGCGGACCUUGAAAAGCGGCACGACAACAUUAAACCAUCAGAUGAGGUGCGUUAAACCUCUACAGUUUGUCAAGCUUUGCAGUGCAAGCCUCUGUAUUACACUGCAGCUUAACAAGUAGGGCAGGGCUUUUCUCUCACUUACAUUUAUUUCUCAUUUUCCAAACAAUAUAGUUGGUUUGCUAGUCACAUUUGCUACGUCUUAUUGCAUUUUUGGUCAGACGCUGUCAUUGAUGCUCUAAUGGGUCUGUGCCCUAUGGUCUGUAACCCAAAGCCUGCCCACACAACCCGGUCAGAAUGCAGGGACUGCUGCGCUUUGAAGAUCAAGACUCUGCACGUGGGGAUCAGAACAUUGCCAUGUUCUAUCCAACCUCCACCCAAAUGGUUUAUCGGCGGGGGCUUCAGGCAAUACCUCUUAGUGUUGACCUUUGGAUACAUUAUAUAAACUUCUUAAAAGAAACAUUGGACCCUGGUGAUCCUGAGACAAACAAUACAAUAAGAGGAACUUUUGAGCAUGCUGUUCUAGCUGCAGGAACAGAUUUCCGUUCUGACAGACUGUGGGAAAUGUAUAUAAACUGGGAAAAUGAGCAGGGAAACCUGAGAGAAGUUACAGCUAUAUAUGAUCGUAUUCUUGGUAUUCCAACACAGCUGUAUAGUCAUCAUUUUCAGAGAUUUAAAGAACAUGUACAGAAUAACUUGCCUAGAGAUCUUUUAACUGGUGAACAGUUUAUUCAGUUGCGAAGGGAGUUAGCUUCUGUAAAUGGACAUAGUGGUGAUGAUGGUCCCCCUGGUGAUGAUCUACCAUCGGGAAUUGAAGACAUAACUGAUCCUGCAAAGUUAAUUACAGAAAUAGAAAACAUGAGACAUAGAAUCAUUGAGAUUCAUCAAGAAAUGUUUAAUUAUAAUGAGCAUGAAGUUAGUAAAAGGUGGACAUUUGAAGAAGGUAUUAAAAGACCUUACUUUCAUGUGAAACCUUUGGAAAAGGCACAACUAAAAAACUGGAAAGAAUACUUAGAAUUUGAAAUUGAAAAUGGGACUCAUGAACGAGUUGUGGUUCUCUUUGAAAGAUGUGUCAUAUCAUGUGCCCUCUAUGAGGAGUUUUGGAUUAAGUAUGCCAAGUACAUGGAAAACCAUAGCAUUGAAGGAGUGAGGCAUGUCUUCAGCAGAGCUUGUACUAUACAUCUCCCAAAGAAACCCAUGGUGCAUAUGCUUUGGGCAGCUUUUGAGGAGCAGCAGGGUAAUAUUAAUGAAGCCAGGAAUAUCUUGAGAACAUUUGAAGAAUGUGUUCUAGGAUUGGCAAUGGUUCGUUUACGAAGAGUAAGUUUAGAACGACGGCAUGGAAAUCUGGAAGAAGCUGAACAUUUGCUUCAGGAUGCCAUUAAGAAUGCCAAAUCAAAUAAUGAAUCUUCAUUUUAUGCUGUCAAACUAGCCCGGCAUCUUUUCAAAAUACAGAAAAACCUUCCAAAAUCAAGAAAGGUGCUUUUGGAAGCAAUCGAAAGAGACAAAGAGAAUACAAAGUUAUACCUCAAUUUACUUGAAAUGGAAUAUAGUGGUGACCUCAAACAAAAUGAAGAAAAUAUCCUAAAUUGUUUUGACAAAGCUGUACAUGGUUCAUUACCUAUUAAAAUGAGAAUUACAUUUUCUCAGAGAAAAGUGGAAUUUCUUGAAGAUUUUGGUUCUGAUGUUAAUAAGCUUCUGAAUGCUUAUGAUGAACAUCAAACACUCCUAAAAGAACAGGAUUCUUUAAAAAGGAAAGCAGAAAAUGGAUCAGAAGAACCAGAGGAAAAGAAAGCACACACAGAAGAUACAACUUCAUCAUCUACACAGAUGAUUGAUGGUGAUUUACAGGCAAACCAAGCUGUAUAUAAUUAUAGUGCAUGGUAUCAAUACAAUUAUCAGAAUCCUUGGAAUUACGGACAAUAUUAUCCUCCCCCUCCAACCUGAUGGGAAAAGUGUAAAUUUCAAAUGGAGUGUGUGAAAAGUUUGAAAUUAUUAUUUUUUUUAAUGAGGGAUGUAAACAGUAUAAGCUUGUUGUAUUUGAAAACCUGUCUUCCUUGUUUCUGUGUAACAUGAUUUGUUUAGUAAUAGGGGAAAAAUGUCAAUUAGUAGCUUACCACAGAUACUGAUACUGUUUCCUACCAUUUAUAAAAUUUACUUUUUAUUGAAGAACUAUUUUUUGAUUUUUGCAUUAAGUGGUCUAGAAUUCUUUUGCAAUGCAUUUGCAACAGAAUUUUGUAGCCUUAAGGGGUAGGAAGAAAAACCUGACUGCAAAUCAUGUCAGUGUUGUACAAAAUUCUGACAACACAUAAGGGCUGGUUAUUAAGGAUUUGCCUCUUUUUUUUUUUUUUUUUUUUUUAAAAAAAAGGACUUCAACCUUUGCUAUCAAGGUUUUGUCUGUUUCAGUUAUACUUGUGAAUUGUGAUCUAACGGCAGAAAGGAUAUAUUAUUAAAAUACUAUGCCUUGGAAUAGAGAGAUUAUAAAUGAGAAAAUGGAAUGUUUGCAUCCCUUUAAAAAUGAAAAUCAUAUCAAAAGUAUGUUGUUUCAGGAGACUUUGUAUUUAGAAUAUUCAUGUAAAACUUGUGAACAAGCUUUCAUUUUGAUCAAACUGAUCAUCUUCAUUUUUGUAAUAAAAUGGAAGACUCAUCCAGUAA